UUGUCAUUUCUGCUAGUAGGCAGCAUAAUCAAUCAAUCUUCGAUUAAAAGUCCAAGAGGCACAAGCAAAACUCAUCAAGAAACCACAGUCAAGAGAGCCGGUCUGAUGGAGAAUGGUCGCAUCAUGAUCCUGCACGUCGUAACCAUACCACCCAUCGAACCUAUCCUGACCUAUCCUGCAGAACAUCGAAGAAAAUACGAAAAAAGCAAUAAACUAGAAUUUGGUAAAUAAAAAAAGAGUCAAUGGUUAAUAUGACCCAUCGCAACCAUAGCCCUAACUAGCCAGAGCAAGGGCCAGGCAGUAGCUACCUAGUUUCCAUCGAUCUAUUAAGUCGGAGCGGGCGACGUGGAAGAUGUCGUCUUAGUCGAAUGAGUGUGAUGUCUGGACUUAGUUGUGGUUGUGGUCACCGAUGGUAGUCCAAUGGCUAGGGAGCGACAAGUAAGUCGUAACAGAAGGUAUGGGACGUCCGGGCUGCGAAGCCGUCCCAGUGUGAUGCGAAUGGUGACCAGAAUUCGAAACACAAGAUGUAGGAUGUCCUGGCUUAGAAGUGCCAGUAGCAUGGUGAGAAUGGUGCUCAGACUUGGAAAUAGAAUGUGAGGUAUGCCAAGGUCCAGGCUUGGGAAUCCUAGUAGUAGGUGUAAGACUUUUCGGCUGCAAUGCUGUAGCCGAGUGCGGAGGGAGAGCUUCCUUGACAUCAAGAGAAUCCUCAGCAGCGCUGCGCUUGCACGUGAAACCCUGACCAGACAGCUUGCCCUCAACACUGUCUCCAGGUUCGGGGAAGUUGACUUCUUCGCCCUCGAUGGUCGAGCAAGGUCUGUUGUUGACGUUGACAUUGGCCACAAAAAUAGAGGGAAGGUUGUUGAAGGGAGUACGAGUGGGAGACUUUGCAGACAAAUCACGAGGGUGUUCACGAGUCUUGCCGCCAUGGAUGGUGACUUGAGCGCAGUUCAUGUACAUCUCACGGUUGCCAAUCUUGUUGAACCAAGUCCACACCAGCAAUGCCUGUCCGGACGGGGCAUCAGUGGGGAUCUGGAAGUUGUACGACUGCUUCAGAGGACAGCCGCCAAGCAUCGAAUGAAUAACAUGGAAGCUCUUGCCCUUGUCGUAAGACAGAGAAAUCUGACAAGAACCUCCACCGUGGGUGGCGCUGCCGGUAAUGGCCAGUUCAUAUGUUUUUCCAGCAGUGUAAUCCGCAACGGACUGGAAGGGGUCAUUAGCAUAGCCCUUACAAGGAAAAUCCGAGCCGCUCGCAGAUAGGGGAUUGGUAUAGGAAUAGUCUUUGGGUCCAUUGUUGGCUGUGUUUAACGGGCUCCUAAUUGGGAGCGGGUUGAGUAACUGCAUGUGUGCUGCAACGUACGAGGCGAGGAGCACACAUGAGAAAAGGAGACACUUCAUGUUUGACCAACGAAGCCAAUGGCUCAGUUGUUAACUGAAGGACUUGAGGAGGACACAGAGGAACAAGAAUGAGAGGCUUGUGAUAAGAGGCAAGCUUUCAAAGGAGAGAAGCAAUGUUGGUUGGAGGGUGGGAAGAAGAGACUGACUGAGAAAAAGGGAGAGGAAUUUAUACCUGCAAUGUAUUAAACAAGAAGAUUCUGAUAGUCCCAUACUUCCUGGACAGGUGAAUUGUAAGAUUAACAGGGAGUAAAAGGCAUCCACUGAAUGGCAUUGUUCGCCACUGCCAGAACGAAGAACAGAGGGCCUCACUCAGUCUGCAGCAGGUGGAUAUCUGCAGUGUGAGUGGGCCAGAACGAGAAGAGACAAAGAAUUUGAUACCCUGAGUGGAUAUUGACAUUCACUCAAGGUGGAUGAGGGUGGCUGAAGAUGGGCCAGCAGGUGAGGUGGCCAUGACAACCGGUGAGAAACCCUUUGAAGAGAGUGACUGAGCAGACUUAUCCAGGAAGCCAGGAGGUUCUCAUGACUUCAAUGCACGUCCAGCAACUGUAAUAGUGGAGACAAGAGCUUUCCAUAUUCCGGUGAUGCUGCAUCAGGGGUGGAUAUAGUCUACGAAGCCUCUGAGAAGCAUCAGCCGGCAUGCGCGUCAACGCGUAGCACGCCAUGAGACUGAGCCAGUCAUCCAGAAAGACAGGCCGAGUAGAUGCAUCUGCAAGGUGCAAGGCGAUGGAUGAAAAUCAUCUCGAAUCUGUGCAAGAGAAGCCGUAGUUAGCUCACGAGUCUGUAGAUGAAGAGGAGAUUGGAGCUUUCCCCACGGAGUAGGUAUACGCCAUCAAAAUGCGGCCAUAUGCCAAGGAACUGCAUUGUUAUUGUUUCAAGAUACAAAAUAACAGUGUUCUCCUCGGCCUUAUUGCUGGGCUGCGAAACAAGGGGUUCUGCUGGAGAAGCUCGCCGUCGCGAACUCGGUGAUAGCGAGCUGUCUAGCCUCUCGACGCCUGCUGAAAGGUCGGUUUGUACAUCUUCAUUCUUAUCUUUGGCUUCAACCGCAUAUUAUCCGCCUAGAUUGAUCCUGGAGUGAAAAGGCAGCUAAUGACGGUUCUGAGCAGGUCAAUUACUGCGUCCGUCUCCCCUGACGGUUCUCGUGUCAGCCCGUGUCAUGACCCCCCCCAUCUUUGAUUCCCUCUCGACUUCCACUUCUCAUCUUCUCUAGUUUCUCUGCCGGAUGAAUUUGCAGCUUCUCGUAUGGCACCAGACGAAGUCCCCUGGCAUUCUUCCGUACCGACAUGUGCGCUUCAGUGGCUGCGCGGGAUUUGCCUCGCGUUCCUGUCGGGAUGGUCGCGCGUCGAUGAAUCAUACACAUCGACGGCAGACGGUGGCGAUCGUACCAUUUGCCUGUACUCGUGGCAGCGGCCUUCUCUCAGGCCAAAUAGUCGCUGGAACGGUUUCGCGACACCUUCAUGUCUUCCGCCCGUUUGCUUCUGUAUCAGUGGGGCUUUCAACUACGUCACGCCCGUUUUCGAGUGUCCCGAACGGUUUCGGUGCCGGACAAGCGCAGAUGGCCGCUGUUGGGCGAGACGAGGAUACUGGGAAUCCUCCUGACAGUCUUCAGGGAGAUCGUGCUCUGGGAAAUGGUCCAGAUGCGGUCUCCUUGGACCCAGAAUCGGAUGAGAACGUGCCUGUCGACCCUGAGGAGCUCACGGAAGUUAUAUCAAGACCUCCGCCGGUGAACAGUGACUACCUCCCGCUUCCUUGGAGAGGCCGUUUGGGAUACGCGUGCUUGAAUACCUAUCUGCGUUAUUCGAAGCCUCCGGUGUUCUGCUCGCGGACCUGUCGCAUCACUUCUAUUCUGGAAAAUCGGCACCCUCUCCGGGAUCCUUCACAGUUGCCUCAUCCGACCAAGAAUCGUCCAGAUCGAAGUCAACCUGCCGAUGUUGCUCGUGGACAAAGAUUUGUCGAGUCGCUGGGACUGGCAAAUGCUCGGGAUAUCGUCAAAAUGGUCCGUUGGAAUGACCGGUAUGGAAUUAAAUUCAUGCGCCUAAGCAGUGAGAUGUUUCCAUUUGCCAGUCACAGUGAAUAUGGGUACAAAGUGGCUCCUUUUGCGUCCGAAGUCCUUGAAGAGGCAGGUCAUGUCAUCGCAGAGCUCGGGCACCGGGUGUCCGUCCAUCCCGGUCAAUUCACACAGUUGGGAACGCCCAGGAAGGAGGUUGUGGAGGCUUCUGUCCGUGAUUUGGAAUACCAUUUGGAAAUGCUAGAUCUCCUCAAGCUACCCCCUCAACAGGACCGAGAUGCUGUCAUAGUCCUGCACAUGGGUGGCGUGUUUGGAGACAAAGCAGCGACCCUGGAUCGAUUCCGGGGAAAUUAUAAACGGCUGUCGCAAGGAAUCAAGAAUCGUCUUGUACUGGAAAACGACGAUGUCAGUUGGUCAGUUCACGACCUGCUUCCGGUAUGCGAGGAGUUGGAUAUUCCCCUGGUUCUCGAUUUCCAUCAUCACAACAUCAUUUUCGAUUCGAGUCAGGUCCGCGAGGGAACUUUGGAUGUCAUUGGACUGUUUGACCGCAUUAAAGCAACCUGGACGAGGAAGAGUAUCACACAAAAGAUGCAUUAUUCGGAACCCGUCCCGUCUGCAAUCACGAACCGCCAGCGGCGAAAACACAGGGAUCGCGUUACUACCCUACCUCCGUGCGAUCCGACAAUGGAUUUAAUGAUAGAAGCGAAGGAUAAGGAACAGGCUGUGUUUGAACUAAUGAGGGUAUUCAAACUGCCGGGCCACAGCCUCUUCAAUGACAUGAUCCCGCAUAUUCGGAAUGACGAGAAUAAACCAGUCAAGUCGCCUCGCAGGUCGACCAAGAGGAAGAAGGGUGACUCUACGGAUGUGGAGACCUGCCCAUCUCCCUCUCAAACCAUACCAGACCAUGAAGUCGGCAUGGGUGGCCCUGAGGGAAGGGUCUACUGGCCUCCUGGAAUGGAGGAAUGGCUUCGGCCAGCUAAAAGAGUGGUGCGCACCAAGACCGUCAAACUCACCAGGGAAGCCAGUGCGAGAAAAGCUGUGGCAGAGGGCAACGUCGGGGCAUCUCCCGAGAACAGUAAAAAUCUAAAUGAUGCAUCGGAGAUUGCGACCCCAGCCCGUCGCAGGAAACGGAAGGUGUCCAAUACCGAAUCGACUCCUUCGAGCUCCGAAGAUGAUCCUGCGGACAAUGUCCCUACAGGGUUGCCGAACAAUUCUACAUCACAGACUCGAGUUGUCCGUCGAAGUCGGCGGGUGAAGAAGCUGAACAACGCCGAAGACAGUGAGUCUGUAUGAUUAUCAAGAACUUUGAACGUUUUAUCAUGCUACUGUAGAUAUCUUUACAGCUCAUGUACUACACCAGGUUAUGUUGUACAGAUGCGGAUGUACGUACUGGGUUUUAGACGGCAAUUGCGACUUUCCCAAUGGUCCCAUCACCUUGAAAGUGCAUGAAGAAACAUGCUGCUUUGGUAAAGAAGCAUCCAGAUCUAAAGGGUAGAAUGUAUAGAGUUGAGAGCCAUUUAGGUCUACAUGAUUACCCGAAUGGGCAUUAUGACAAACCACCUCGGAUUACCUACUUGCAGGACCCUAGUUAUAAAUAGUGAUCGUGUCA